GGGUCUUCUCAGACAUUCAGCUUGUAUCAUCUGGGCCAGGAAUAGUGAGACCAGGAGAGAAUCUCAACCUGCUUUGUAAAGUCACAGGUUUCUCCAUCUCUACUGAGUACUAUGAGUGGCAUUGGAUCCGCCAAGCUCCUGGGAAAGGUAUGGAAUGGAUUGCAACGAUAUAUCCCUAUGGUGGAGGAACAGGAUAUGCCCAUUCCCUGAAGAGCCGAGCAACCAUUUCUUCAGAUGCCUCAAAGAAUGAGUUCUCCCUCCAGCUGAACUCCCUGACAGCUGCAGACUCCGCUGGGUAUUUCUGUGCCCGAGGAGACACAGUGAGACAAAGCCUAUUGGGCCCUGUUCAAAAAGUAGAAGUCCUGCUUCUAUCAACAAAUACACUGUGA